CUAAAAUUUAUGAGAAGGAUUGCUCUAAAAUUUAAUAACUAUCACAAGUUCUGCAAUUUUCUAAGCAGUACGAUUUUGCUAUGGAGUUUUUAAAACUAAAUGUUUGUUUCUUGAUGUACUACCUCAACCACUAUCUUGUACAUAGAAAUAUAUAUCUUUGUUUCUAGUUUUUGGCUAUGCUAACAUCCUUGUCCAUUUUGAAUUGGUGUUGCUUUCAUCCAAUACAUCAUCAAAAUGCAUAAUAUAUUGUAAUCAGGAGAUUACUAAUGCCCAAUAAUUGAUGACGAAGGUUCUACAAUCUAUAAGAGUAGCAAAAACAGUUUCAUCAGUAAAACUGAAGGCGUUCUGUUUCCACCAUGAAUCUUCAAACCAUUUACUUCACAUCCAUUUUUCCAUUUUCAUUUUUAUGUUUAUGGCACACAAAAUAAUGAAAAAGAAAUCUGCCUCAACUCCAAAUUUACCACCAGGGCCAUGGAAGCUACCUAUCAUAGGGAACAUACUCAACAUUGUUGGCUCCCUUCCCCAUUGUCGGCUAAGAGAUUUAUCAGCAAAAUAUGGACCCUUGAUGCAUCUGAAGCUUGGAGAGGUUUCUACCAUUGUGGUUUCAUCCCCUGAGUAUGCUAAAGAGGUGUUAAACACCAAUGAUCUCAUCUUUUCAUCAAGGCCUCCAAUACUAGCUUCAAAGAUAAUGUCUUAUGAUUCUAAGGGUAUGUCUUUUGCACCUUAUGGUGAUUAUUGGAGAUGGCUAAGGAAGAUUUGUACAUCGGAGCUAUUAAGCUCAAAAUGCGUCCAAUCUUUCCAACCAAUCCGAGGGGAAGAGCUCACUAAUUUCAUCAAAAGGAUUGCAUCAAAAGAAGGGUCAGCCAUCAAUCUCACCAAAGAAGUGCUUACAACAGUAUCUACAAUUGUUUCAAGGACAGCCCUUGGAAACAAGUGUAGGGACCAUCAAAAAUUCAUAUCAUCUGUAAGGGAAGGCACAGAGGCUGCUGGAGGUUUUGACUUGGGAGAUUUGUACCCUUCUGCUGAAUGGCUUCAACACAUCUCAGGGCUGAAGCCUAAGCUUGAGAAGUAUCAUCAACAAGCCGACCGGAUAAUGCAAAGCAUCAUCAAUGAACAUAGAGAGGCUAAGUCAAGUGCCACACAAGGCCAGGGUGAAGAAGUGGCGGAUGAUCUUGUAGACGUGCUCAUGAAGGAGGAGUUUGGCUUAAGUGACAAUAGUAUCAAGGCUGUGAUUUUGGAUAUGUUUGGAGGUGGAACUCAGACAUCAUCUACUACCAUAACAUGGGCAAUGGCAGAGAUGAUAAAAAAUCCAAGAGUAACGAAGAAGAUACAUGCUGAGGUAAGAGAUGUGUUUGGUGGUAAAGUAGGACACCCCAAUGAAAGUGACGUGGAGAAUCUAAAAUAUUUGAAAUCUGUUGUGAAAGAGACAUUGAGACUGUACCCUCCUGGUCCCCUUUUGCUUCCAAGACAAUGUGGACAAGAUUGUGAGAUCAAUGGUUAUCACAUACCAAUCAAAAGCAAGGUCAUAGUCAAUGCUUGGGCAAUUGGAAGAGAUCCAAACCAUUGGAGUGAAGCUGAGAGGUUUUAUCCUGAAAGGUUCAUUGGAAGUUCUGUCGACUACAAAGGAAAUAGUUUUGAGUACAUACCAUUUGGUGCUGGAAGAAGAAUAUGCCCUGGCCUCACAUUUGGCUUGACCAAUGUUGAGCUUCCACUUGCAUUUCUAAUGUAUCAUUUUGAUUGGAAACUUCCCAAUGGAAUGAAGAAUGAAGAUUUGGACAUGACUGAAGCUCUUGGAGUAUCAGCUCGUAGAAAAGAUGACUUGUGCCUCAUUCCUAUCACUUUCCAUCCUUAGCCUACACAAGCUCUACAGUAAUUAGUAAAAAUAAAAGAAUUGAGAAUAAAGAAAACUUGAUAUCUAUUGUAUAUUUGUAUUAAUGUUUGAUCAGCAUGUUUCUUUACUGAGUUAAAAUAAAGAAAAGUGUAUAUUUGGAUAUC